CUCUCUCUCUCUCUCUGAACUCCAGCCCCUCUCGCGCUCUCUCUAUCAGCCUUUCAUUCCGUCUCAAUAUGUCUCAAGAUGGCGGCCAAUGCGGGAUCGAUGUUUCAAUAUUGGAAACGCUUUGAUUUGCAGCAGCUCCAGAAAGAACUGGAUGCCACCGCCACAGCCCUGGCCAACCGACAGGAUGAGAGCGAGCAGUCCAGGAAAAAACUCAUCGACCAAAGCCGCGAGUUCAAGAAGAAUACUCCAGAGGAUUUGCGUAAACAGAUAGCUCCUUUGCUGAAGGGCUUCCAAGCAGAGAUCGACGCCUUGAGUAAAAGAAGUAAAGAAUCAGAGGCUGCUUUCCUCAGCGUGUACAAGAGAUUAAUCGAUGUCCCAGAUCCCGUCUCGGCACUGGAAGCAGCUCAGCAACUCCAGGUGACGGUUCGGAAGAUGCACGACUUGGAGACCGAAAACCAGAGGCUCAAAGAUACACUACAAGAGUACGAACGUGAAAUUUCAGAGGUUAAAAACCAAGAAGUCACUAUUAAAGCACUUAAAGAGAAGCUGGAGCAGUAUGAGCGUUCUCUGCAGGCCAAGAACACAGAGGAGGCUGUCGAGCCGAACUUGGACUCAUCAGAAAGAGAAGAGAGGCAAAGCAAAGGAGAAAACCUUCCAAACAACUAUGCAGACAAGGAGAGUCAGCCAGAGCAGAGCCAGGAGAGCAGGACAGAAGACUCGGAUGUGAAAACACAGUCCUUACAAACAGCACUUGAAGCAACUCAGGCAGAACUCCACGAACUGAAGACGAAAUAUGAUGAAGAAUCCACAGCAAAGGCCAAUGAGAUUGAAGCGGUGAUGACAGACUUGGAAAGAGCCAAUCAGAGGGCCGAGACGGCAGAGAGGGAGGCCGGGACCCUGAGGGAGCAGCUCACUUCUGCUGGAAAGACCAUGCAAUCAUCCAAUCAGAUCCAGAACGCUCCGGAAAUGGACAAGUCUCUGGAGGCAGAGCUGGGUGCGAAAGAGAGGGAGGUGGAGCGUUUGGCUGAGGACGUUCAGAGACUUCAGGCCAGUCUGGCUCAGCUCAGCGAGACAUCAACCAACCAGAUCAGCCAGCUCGAGCAGCAGCUCAGCUCCAAAGAGGCACUACUAAAGCAACUUGAAGAAAAGCUUCAAGAUCAGUCAGACUACGAGGAGAUCAAACGAGAACUCUGCACCCUGAAAUCAGUGGAGCACAACUCAUCAGAUCAUCACUCUUCAGCGCAGGACUCAUCCAAGCCACUGGAGAUGUUGCUGACAGGGAAAGACCAUAGCCAGCUGUCAGAGAGCGCUUUGAAACGACUGGCCAACAGUGACUUCACUGGAGCAGUGGGCCGUAAACUGAAAGAAACUACAGUGGAAAACCCUCAGCGUCUUCCUGCCACUCCGGUCCCGACCACCCUCCAGGGGUCUCCACCUCCACCCUCCCCUCAGCUGCUGAUGAGGACGGGCACCGCUACCUCCGAAUCCGCUGCCAGUGCCAACGGUACCCACCCUUUCUCCCCCACAGGCAUCGGGCCGGACUUCUUCACCCCCGGCAUGGCCAGCGUGGGCGCCACGUUCCCCCCGCUGGCUGGCAAAAUGGCACUCAACUCUCUUCUUCAGAGGCAGCUCAUGCAAACCAUCUACACCAAAGCCCUCCAGGACCCCUCUCCCAGUUCGGUGCUGUUCGGGCCACCCCAUUACGCUACCACCAACUCCCUCUCCAGCCCCCUGCCGCCCCAGUCGGCAGGCAGCCCGGAGGUUAACGGCAUGGCGCCUUCGCCCAGCCAAUCAGAGGGCGCGGGCAGCACGUCGGAAGGUGAGGAAAUGGAUACAGCGGAGAUUGCCCGACAGGUCAAGGAGCAGCUGAUCAAACACAACAUCGGCCAGCGCGUGUUCGGCCAUUACGUGCUGGGUCUCUCCCAAGGCUCCGUUAGCGAAAUUCUGGCUCGGCCCAAACCUUGGAGCAAGCUAACCAUCCGUGGCAAAGAGCCGUUUCACAAGAUGAAGCACUUCCUGUCCGAUGAGCAGAACAUCCUGGCGCUGAGGAGCAUCCAGGGCAGGCAGAGAGAGAACCCAGGCCAGAACCUGAACAGAGUGUUUCAGGAUGUUCCGAAGCGAAGAGGCGGCUCUGAAGGCUCCACGCGGCCAGGUAACAUCACCACACGGAUCCGCACGCCUGAAACCGGCUCCGAUGAAGCCAUCAAGUCCAUCUUAGAGCAGGCCAAGAGAGAGUUACAAGUGCAGAAAGCAGACGGCGUGGGGGAGAGGCAUCGGCGAUCAGGUUACCACAGAGGGUCGGGCAGCUAUUUCCAAAUAUAUGCACACAGUCUAAGACUUGAAGAAUCUAACAUAGAUCUGAAACCCAUGAGGAUGACUAAGCAAUUCGAGAGCUCUCAGCCUCCGUCCUCCUCCAGCAACUCGGACGAGAACAUUCGCUCCAUCCUCGAGCAGGCUCGCAGGGAGAUGGAGGCGCAGCAGGUGGCACUGGAGCCCGUCUUGAAGGCCAGCUCCAUGGGCCCGACGGACCUCUCGCUCCUGGGCUCCAAACUCCUGGGCUCCCCGCUCUCCACCCUGCCCUACACCCCCAUCACCCAGUCCCUGAAGAAGCCCUCUAGUUCACCGCUGCUGGACUUCCACCAUGGUGGAGUGAAGAAGGAGAUGGGCGAGGUGGCCGUUUCGGAUGUGGGUCUGGACGGAGUGGUGCCCAAGCUGGGCCGUUUGUCUGAGAGCGGUUUGGGUGGUGGCUCGUGGAGGGAGCACUGGUGGAGCACAGGCCUGUCAGAGCGCCGCGGGUCCAGCCAGCCCUCCGUUAGUGAAGACGCACACAGUCAAGAGGACAGCAAAGAGAAGCUCCCUCGGCUGGGCAGCACUGCGCCGGUGGCUCCUGCGUCGUCUCUGGAUUACUGGAAGGACUGGCCGAGCUCAGAAUCGCCGUACUCUCAGAGCUCAGAGCUCAGCCUGCAGAUGCCCAGUGGCAGUGAGACCCCUCAGAGCAGCCCACUGCCUUCCUCCUCGCCCUUACUGUCCCUGCCCAAAGUGGCCAAACCUGUGGUGCCGCCGCUUACGCCAGAGCAAUACGAGUACUACAUGUACCAGGAGGUGGACACUGUCGACCUCACACAGCAGGUCAAAGAAAAACUCGCCAAGAACGGCAUCUGCCAGCGCAUCUUCGGGGAGAAGGUGCUGGGUCUCUCUCAGGGGAGUGUGAGCGACAUGCUCUCUCGACCAAAGCACUGGAGCAAACUCACACAGAAGGGAAGGGAGCCGUUUAUACGCAUGCAGUUAUGGCUGAACGGAGAGCUGGGACAGGCACUGAUGCCAAUGCCUGGACAGACACAAGAAAUCACCCCCAAAACCUCGGCCAGCUGCAGUCCUGCCCCAGAAUCCCCCCUGAGCUCGGCUGAGGAGUCUGUGAAGAGCCAGCAGGAGGAGCAGAUGUGCCGAUCCUCCGUCCAGGAGCCCAGCGAAGCCUCCGAGUCUCAGCCCGGGACGCCGCUGCCGCUGCCUCUGCCGGGACAGGCCGGUCUCAGCAUUCAGGAGAUGGUGGCCAUGUCAGCCGAGCUGGACACGUACGUCAUCACGAAAAAAGUCAAAGAAGUCCUCACUGAUAACAACCUGGGCCAGCGUCUGUUCGGGGAGAGCAUUCUGGGUUUGACGCAGGGCUCAGUGUCUGAUCUGCUGGCUCGACCCAAACCCUGGCACAAGCUCAGCCUGAAGGGUCGCGAGCCGUUCGUGCGCAUGCAGCUGUGGUUGAGCGACCCGCGCAACGUGGAGAAGCUGAUGGACAUGAAGCGCAUGGAGAAGAAAGCCUACAUGAAAAGGCGCCACAGCUCCAUCGGUGAGAGUCAUUCGCUGGAGAGCGGCUUGUCUGCAGCAGACCUGACACAGGGUGCCAGUCCCCAACACCUAUCCCAGCAGCAGCCGCCGCAGCAGAUGCAGCCUCAACAGCAGCAGCCCCAGCUGAAGAAACCCCGGGUGGUUCUGGCUCCGGAAGAGAAGGAAGCUCUGAAGCGGGCCUACCAGCAGAAGCCUUACCCCUCCCCUAAAACCAUUGAGGAGUUAGCGAGUCAGCUCAACCUCAAAACCAGCACCGUCAUCAACUGGUUCCACAACUACAGGUCUCGUAUCCGGCGAGAGCUUUUUAUCGAAGAGAUCCAGGCAGCAGCAGGUGAAGGUGGAUCUCCAUCUGCACGGCCUGGAAAAUCUGGAGGCGAGGGAGAAAACAGCUGCGACGGCACUGAGUCCGACAGCACGGCAGAAGGCCGACCGAGUGGCUCAGAGGAGCGCAAGGGCUUCCUGGAGAGCCCGGGCCUCGGCCACAGAGAAGAAGAUGGCGAGGGCGAGUUUCCUAGUGCCUCGGGCACCAGCCGGCCACGAGGAGGCAUCAUAGACAGCCUGUUCGGCAUCCCCGAGUCCAUAUCCGUCACCAAUGCUGCCACGACCCCCUGCCGAAAUCCAAAGGAUAGCAGUCUACGCAAGAAGAAAGCAGCCAACCUCAACAACAUCAUCCACCGGCUGGAGAAAGCGGCGAACCGAGACGAGCCUCACGAAUGGGAGUUCUGAGACUCCGCCGCCAUCUUGACGUUUUAUUCUCACUUUGUCCCUCACUGAGCUAACCCGGCCAAGCCUGGUGCACACACACCACCGGUCAACCCAAGGGUUUUCCAUUUGCUGUUUCGAAGUGGGCUUUCAGAGACAAGAACAAGAAAAGGAAACGAGUUUUUAGUCUGUUUAUUUUGUGAAGCACUUAACAGCCCUGCUGGCCACAGGACUGUGACACACCAUUGGCUAAUGGUGACGACACAAAACUGAAAAGCACAGGAGAGGGAGCGUUCCCACGAAAUCUUCUCAAGACUGGCGACAGUCACAAAAAACACACUCACACACUAUGAUCUCACAGUGUCUCUAUUUCUAGUAGAGACGUUCUCACCAACUAGCUGAAUAACUGUUACAAUAAUUUAUCAGUUCUCAAGACUCUUGGGAGUUUCCUCUUUUGUAUACCGUACGCUUCGGCCGUGAGCAGAGACUAGGUUUCUAACCAAAACAUUUAAAAGUAAGUGUUGGCUGAAGGAACACGGGUGCACCGUCCCCCACCUGCCUCUCCCUCCCUUCCCCAGAGGAGGCCAUCCAAUGGCUAUGCAACUCUAGUACGCAAUGGAUUCCAGAGUAAUGGAAGCCGCAUUAUUUUCACAGUACGGAAACUUCUCCGAUGCGAGAAGAAAAUCCUUUUUAUAGCAAUUAAGUUGCCACCGAGAGAUUGCACAGUCAGUUGACUCUAAACAGCACUCCUUUCGAUUUUACACGCCAACGGCCUAAAAGAGAGAAAAAAAAUCGAAAAUCACGCAAACGAAAACAAUUGUCAUAAGAAUCCACGUAUCACGCAAAAAUUCAUUUCGUUCUUGUAAGGUCGAUGCAAAUGGGACACGGGAGAUAUUUCGUAACUCGAUAGCUAAGUGUCAAUUUUUCUUCUUUUAUUUAGGUCUCUUGUAAGGGUAGCGCUCCUUUAUUUCUUUUCCAUAGCUUUAAUCACCCCCGCGACUUGCGUUUUAAAGCUCGCGGAGGUCUUGUUUAAUAACAAACGUCAUUUUAGGCCAAAACAAAGACAGAUAGUGAAGAAAAAAAGGAUUUGUACAGUACUUUGAGUAAAUAUUCCUGACGAGAUAUUUUUUAAAGAGAAUGAACAAGCCUGAUUUUUAUCCUCUUAUAAUAGAACCAUACAUCAGAGACCUCUAACCAAGUUGGGCAGUUUGGAAUUACCAUUCUAAUCCAAUAUCCAUGGUGUUAUAAAUUCUAAUUCUAUGGUGUGCACUGUAUGGGCUGGUCCUCAGCACCAGGGUACCGGACGCUCUCGUGCAAACUCGAAACUUCAGGUUUUUCACCAGCUUCUCCACUCAUUGUUCACCCAAGCUUUUCACGGCGUCCACGAGUAUGUUCACCUGUCCUCCGAGACGACUGGAAAAAAAACAAAAAACUUACGAAAUGGACUUUUGUUUUCUUCAUACUGUAAAUGACGGAGGACUUUUCAUCCACAGUUCUUGUUUAACACACAUUUUAAAAAAGAGGAAAAUAUGUCGAUUGUGAAUGAAAAGCUCUUUUAACGUUGGCAACCUGAGGUGAAUCGCAUGCGUCAGACGACGCUGCAAGGACUUGGCACCUCUGUAGAAAUGUUCUUUCUCUCCUGAAUCACCUUUUCGAAACCUGCUCACUUUUCACCUCCGGCCCUUGUGUCAUUGUAUGCAGUUGAUUUAGUGAACGAAAGCGCAGAUCGCCGGUGCCACGCGCUCGUCUGCGUGCGAAACCUUUGAGUGUGCGGGUGUUUGUGUGCGUGUGAUUGUUGACAAGAGUGAUCUAUAUUUGUAUAUUACUACUACUACUCGCCACAGGCAGUGGAAGCAAACACCUCCUCACGUCCCUAAGCUAUUUAGCAGUCCUGCAGCAUAUCACAUAGUACGUUUAAGUUCUUUUUAUUUACGCGCAUAAACUAAUGGUAGAUAUUUUUUUUUUCCGUUUGUUUGUUGGUGUGGUUUGCUUAUUUAUAGAUGCUGUCUUUUACAUAUUGAUGUCUUAUAUUGUUAUACGUGUUCUUUUUUUGUAAUGGAAGGGACUAUAAAAGGUCAGGUUACAUAUUUUUAGACUAAUAGACUGCCGGCAGUAUUGGAUUACAUUUAAAUGAUGUACUUUUGAUACAUGUCUAUUGAUUAAUUCUGAAGAUUAUCUCUUUUUUUUUCCAUAUAUUUUACUCGGUUAGUGAGCUGGAUGAACAGUUUCUACGUUGACAAAGGAAGCAGAAUUCUAUGUAUUGCAUUAAUGAUUUUAAUUAGUACGCAUUUUAGAUGUUUUAACGAGAUGACAAUUCAAGGCGAAUUGCGUUUGGCUGUAUUCACUCUACAAAUGACGCUCUUGAAUUAGGUUUUCAGGUGAUUAACCUGCGAACUUCCUGAGAUUACGUUUAUUAUUAUCGCAAUCAAGCUUAGUUGCUACAAUGAGCCAGUGAACAACUGGUAGUUAACGUCACUGAAAAUUUUAGCUGUCGCUUUGAGCUGCACCUUGAGGAAUUGGACUUUUUUUUUUUGUUCUUUUUAAGUAGGAAUGAAAUUCACUUGAUGUCGUUUGGUUGCGUUAAAAAAAAUUACGCCGACGAAUCUCGAAGAACGCCGUCGGCUUAAAACUACCUUUUGGCCUUUUUUACGCGUGCCAAUGAAUGAUUCAAAUCAAAUUUGUCUCUUUAAGACCUAACGAAAGCACAGAGAGAUACUACGUGUACCAAUCGAAAAAUAUGAACACGUCAGAAGCCCGCGACUGUUUCUCGAACUUUCUCUCCACGUCUAACAUUGGAGUGCCUUCACUGAAAAAAACUGUUCGCUACUAUAAUUGCGUCGUCUUCAUUCCACGUUACUUAAUCGGAAAAAUACCGUGUGUCAGAUCAUAAAACUAAGUUUUUAGCAAUCUCCGCCAGCAAGUUUAUAUUAAUAAGGUCUCAUAUAGUCUCAGGUCAUAACAUUCAGUACUUUUAGGGUGUCUCUAUCGUUUUAUCUGAGAGAAAACAGCUGUCCCAGGAUUCAAGCUUGUAAAACAUACAAAAACUAAAAAAACCAAAGGCAAUUUUCGAUCGGUUAACGCCACAUUUACUCAUCCCAAAUGUGUUUUAAUCAUGUCUAGGCAUUCAUCAUAUGUUUAUAACCAUGUUAUUGUAUUUUAACGGCAAGUUUCCCCUACGCUGGAGGAAGUUCACAGAUGGGAUUCGGCUUGUGGAAACUCUACUAUAGUGUGGACCAAAUUGUCAAAGCAGACAAAUCAGCUUGUAAAGACUCUUUUUUUUUUUUUCUGAUCAUAAACAUGUGAUCUCAAUUGAACACAGAAGAAACACACACACACACUUUUAAGAGCACAUUCAGAUCUGGUCUAUAUUAAGGACACAUUUUUAUGUCCGUCACGUUCUUCUCACUGACUGAAACGUAACUGUACUGUCGAUUUCAUGGCAUGAAAGAAAAAAAAAAACAGACAGAUGUCCAGCACUUUUUUCUCUGCUUUUUGCAAAUAUUUUUCUAUGGAAAGUAUUGCAGAUGACUAAACACAUCAACAAUAACGACUGCACAAAGACAGCACGUUUAUAUGAUUUCUUAAAAAAAAGGACAAAAAAAUCAACAAAAAAAAAUAGAAAAACUAAGCAACAAAAAAAAUAGAUAAAUAAAUAACGAUCAUCAUUAUUGAUAUUACAUUGGUAGUCACGAGUAGCAUUAAUGUAGAUAUUCGUCCGUAGCUUAGUUGGCUAGUGAUGUCAUAAUUGUUACCUCGUUUAUUCCCUCACACUUACAUCACUUCCUGAGACAGUAUGUUCUUUCUUCACCUGAGACAGUAUGUUCUGAACAGCCACAAUUUGUUUCAUCGUAUCCCAGAUGGAGAUCCAUUUACAUUCAUUUCUGUUUGUUUGUUUUGAAAGUUGUGUAGUUGUGUUACAUGUGAGGCGAGCACGACGAUUAUACAUCUGUCUCAGCGAGAGCAACACUUUAGUAUCACCAUUCAUUUCGACCAACAAUCUAUGGAAAUGGGAUGUCUUGAUCAUGACAUGCAGAUCUCUCUCUCUCUCUCUCUUUCUGUUGUUGCUCUGUAUGCUGUAUUAUGGGUAAAAUGAAGCCUUGUAAUGAAAAAUGACAGGCAGCUCCCGACACAAGCUGGUAUCCUAUAGAUUCUCCUUAGGUCUCUCAAAGCUCAGGUAGAACCUCGGUUUAGCACAGUCCUUUUGUCCAUUAGUUUGUUGGUGACACUUUCCCUCUUAACACCUGCUAACGACAGUUGUAUGGUUUAUUUUUCUAUGUGUCAUGGUUUUGAACCACAAGAUGGAGCUGAAUCCUCCAUUUUACCUGAAUAAAGACUCUUCCACUUUGUUCUCUUGAUA